AUGGCGACUGACCCACACCCAAGUCCGCUGAUCACCCUGCAGACGCAGGAUGCCUACUUCUCUCACCGGCCGAAAGAGAAAGUGCGGACAGACAGCAACAAUGAGAACUCGGUCCCCAAAGAUUUUGAGAAUGUGGACAACAGCAACUUCGCACCCAGGACUCAAAAGCAGAAGCACCAGCCUGAGUUGGCAAAGAAGCCCCCAAGCAGGCAGAAGGAGGUUUUGAAACGGAAGCUGGAGCAGGAGGAAAAGGGGAAGGGACGUUCGUUGCCCGGGAAAGGCACCAAUGAAGUGCUGCCUCCUGGCGAGAGAGCUGCAGUGAACAGUAGCCGAGGGAAGGAUGUCCCCAGACAGCCCCACGCCAGGAAGAGCGGGGGCAGCUCCCCGGAGAUCAAGUAUGACCAGCCCCCCAAGUGCGACAUCUCGGGCAAGGAGGCCAUCUCUGCCCUGUCCCGCUCGAAGUCCAAACACUGCCGCCAGCAGAUCGGAGAGACCUACUGCCGCCACAAGCUUGGGCUGCUGAUGCCCGAAAAGGUCACUCGCUUCUGCCCCUUGGAAGGCAAAGCCAACAAGAACGUUCAGUGGGACGAGGAUUCGGUGGAGUACAUGCUGGCCAACCCGGUCAGAAUCGCCUUCGUCCUGGUGGUCCACGGCCGCGCGUCUCGGCAGCUGCAACGCAUGUUCAAGUCCAUCUACCACAAGGACCAUUUCUACUACAUUCACGUGGACAAGCGCUCUAAUUACCUGCAUCGGCAAGUGCUCCAGUUUGCCAGGCGGUACAGCAAUGUCCGUGUCACCCCCUGGAGGAUGGCCACCAUCUGGGGGGGAGCCAGCCUCCUGUCCACAUACCUGCAGAGCAUGCGGGACCUCCUGGAGAUGACCGACUGGCCCUGGGACUUCUUCAUCAACCUCAGCGCUGCCGACUACCCCAUCAGGACAAAUGACCAGCUGGUGGCAUUUCUCUCCCGAUACCGCGAUAUGAACUUCCUGAAGUCACACGGCCGGGACAAUGCAAGGUUCAUCCGGAAACAGGGCCUGGACCGGCUCUUCCUGGAGUGCGAUGCCCACAUGUGGCGCCUGGGGGACCGGCGGAUCCCCGAGGGCAUUGCAGUGGAUGGCGGCUCCGAUUGGUUCCUGCUGAACCGGAAGUUUGUGGAGUAUGUGACGUUCUCCACAGAUGAUCUGGUGACCAAAAUGAAGCACUUCUACUCCUACACGCUGCUUCCUGCCGAGUCCUUCUUCCACACAGUCCUGGAGAACAGCCCCCACUGUGACACCAUGGUAGACAACAACCUGCGUAUCACCAACUGGAACCGCAAACUGGGCUGCAAGUGCCAGUACAAGCACAUCGUGGACUGGUGCGGCUGCUCCCCCAAUGACUUCAAGCCGCAGGACUUCCAUCGCUUCCAGCAGACAGCCCGGCCCACCUUCUUUGCCCGCAAGUUCGAAGCGGUGGUGAAUCAGGAAAUCAUCGGGCAGCUGGACUAUUACCUGUACGGGAACUACCCCGCAGGGACCCCGGGCCUCCGCUCCUACUGGGAGAACGUGUACGACGAGCCGGACGGCGUCCACAGCCUGAGCGACGUGGCGCUCACCCUGUACCACUCCUUCGCCCGCCUGGGGCUGCGACGGGCCGAGACGUCGCUGCACUCGGAGGGGGACAACAGCUGCCGGUACUACCCAAUGGGCCACCCAGCAUCUGUCCACCUCUACUUCCUUGCUGACCGCUUCCAGGGCUUUCUGAUCAAGCAUCACGCUACCAAUCUGGCUGUGAGCAAACUCGAGACCUUGGAGACAUGGGUGAUGCCAAAGAAAGUCUUCAAGAUCGCAAGCCCGCCCAGCGACUUUGGGAGGCUUCAGUUUUCUGAGGUCGGCACCGACUGGGAUGCCAAGGAGCGGCUCUUCCGCAACUUUGGAGGUCUCCUGGGGCCCAUGGACGAGCCAGUAGGCAUGCAGAAGUGGGGGAAAGGCCCCAACGUGACCGUGACCGUCAUCUGGGUGGAUCCCGUCAACAUCAUCGCAGCCACCUACGACAUCCUGAUUGAGUCCACUGCCGAAUUCACCCACUACAAGCCCCCUUUGAACUUGCCCCUCAGGCCUGGGGUCUGGACGGUGAAAAUUCUCCACCACUGGGUGCCGGUUGCAGAGACCAAGUUCCUCGUUGCACCUCUGACCUUCUCGAAUAGACAGCCCAUCAAACCGGAGGAGGCGUUGAAGCUGCACAACGGGCCCCCCCGCAGCGCCUACAUGGAGCAGAGCUUUCAGAGCCUGAACCCCGUGCUCAGUCUGCCUGUCAGCCCCGCGCAGGUGGAGCAGGCUCGCAGGAACGCGGCCUCCUCCGGCGCCGUGCUGGAGCGCUGGCUGGACUCGCUGGUGGGCGGGAUGUGGACCGCCAUGGACAUCUGUGCCACGGGCCCCACCGCCUGCCCAGUCAUGCAGACCUGCAGCCAGACAGCCUGGAGCUCCUUUAGCCCCGACCCCAAGUCAGAGCUGGGGGCGGUCAAACCAGAUGGCCGGCUCAGGUAGCACCGGGCACGCAUGGGCCGUGGUGGAUCUCAAAGGGAAAGCAGCCAGAGGGCUGGUGGGGCCUGGACCCUGGCCUCCAACCCCCGGGGGUGCCUUUUGUGAGAGGGGGCCCUCCUGGCCAUAGAAUGAUGGAGAAGGAAGAUUUGGAGGCCAAAGCAGGGUCUGCCACUGACCUGCAUUUGGCAAUCUGGCCACUGGGGGCGGGGAUGGCUCAGUCCCGGCGCCAUGGUGGUCUUACCUCUUCUGGUUGAUCCUCAAGUCCUAUAGGUUCCUUGUCUUCCCCGUCCGAUGACCCGACCCCCGCCCCCAGACAAGAGAUUCUCAAACUUUUAUUUUGAGCAGCAGAACUUUGUUUACCAAGCGCAGUCGUAAGUAAAAGUUGGAGGUGCAGAUGAUAUCCAGGCUGCUCUGGUUGAAGCUGGGGAGUGUGAGGUUCUUUCUCAAAGCUCAGCCCACCGGGUGGUCCCUUUGCCAAGGGCAUCUCCUAAGGUACCUCGUCAGAACCCAAGGGCUCUGCAAAGCCCAGUUGGAAAGCACUGCCCAGGUGGUAGGUUAUCUUCAGCCCCGCCCUUCGGCUCAUCUUCCUGCCUCUCUGGGCCAGGAAACCCUUGUGCCAGCCCUCAAGGACAGGGCACUGACAGCCACGCGCAUGGGCCCCUCCCCCGGCAGGUCGUAGGCUCCGGAGGGCUCUGAGCCUCCCACCAGCCCUUCUCGGGUUGUCGGGUUGAGCCGUCCUCCUUAGUAACUAGAUGAGCAGGAAAGCCUUUUGAUGUGACAUGGCCAUCGUCCACCCAAAAUGUGACUGCCAGAUGUCCAGGGCACCCUCCCUCAAGGCAGAAAUGAGAGGAUGCUUAUGAGCAUGAGCGUCCAGUCUCCCAGCCAUUCACAGGCCAGGAGACCAAGACCAUGACUUCUUUGAUCAUGGACAGUGGGAACUUGGGGGACCAUGGCCAUGCAACUCACAUAGACUGUUUGGAGCAAACCUCCUGAGCUGGACAACACAGCAAUACCCGUCGUCGCCUGCCUGAGCCCUUCCAUUCCGAGGUCGGGCACUCCAGACCUUUGUGAGUGCACACUCGACCUUUGUGAGAUGCACACUCGGUGCUGUUGGGAGUGACCAAACCGCAGGGACCAGACUUUUCACAUCCAGGAAAAAGCAUUUCAGAUUUGGUUUUUAAAUUCAUGCCCUUCCUUAUCCGAGGUGCCAACGGGCCCGUCUGACCUACAGCGUCAAAAUGGGAAACUGGUUCUUUACAACCUAAACGAUAGUAUUAUUCCAAUUGCUUGAGUGACCGGAAACCUGAAGGGUGUCCUUGCCAUGUGCCCCUUGGAGGGCUACCCCUGCUCAUCGGGCAGCCCUGCUGCCAGAGGCCCCUCUUCCUCCUCUGAUCCCACCCUCCCCCAAAGGACAGGUUUCCCUUGGCAAAGUCCCACCCUGGUUGCAUACUGUCCUUCCCGUGGAGAGCCAGGCCUCAUGUUUCUCUCCUGUGUGGGUUCAAAGGUACUGCAGUCCACUCCCGAUGACCUGACAGCUGUUGCCCCCUAAACUGCCCCCGCCCCUCCCAGCAAGGCAGGAUGUCCUGUGGGCAAUGGAGGAUAGAGAGAAGGGACACUUUAGAUAUUUAUUAUUUAUAUGUUUUAGUCAAUGACUAAUUAGUAGGUGCUGUUUUGCAGCUUGUCAAUUAUGUUAUCUUACUAACUGAAGCUGCCUUUAUUCACAAAAGGCCCCCUCUCCCCAGCCCUUCCCCCCACCUCCUCCCCAUUCCCUCGUGUCUGUCUUUCUCUCUUUGUAUCUCUCUCUCUGUUUCUCUCUGUGUCUGCCCUACAUUCUCCUUGUCCUCAGAGAAAAGCAGAUGUGACACCAACAGGAGAAAGCUGUGGCCAGCAUCAUCCACUGGCUUAAAGUGGGGUGCCCUUGGGAACAUUGGAGCCUUGCUUUUCCUCAGGCAGGCUGUUAGCCUCAUCUGGCCCUCCAGUUUGGGGUGGGGGUUGGGAUUCCUGAGCCAUCCCUGCUUCUUGCAUUGCUGACCCUCAAUGGCCAGUCUAACCAUGGGCCUCCAUGUGACGUGACAAGGUGACCCAAGGAAACAGGCUCCUUCCAAGCCCGUGAGGAGGAGAGACCCAUUUUAGGAAUAGGGUGGGUGUCCUACCUGGCCAGGAGAGCCCAGGAGAGAGCCACCGUCAGCAGUGGUCCCAGUGACUUCAGAGUGGCUUUCUCAGAAAGCCCCUAUGCUCUCUAAAUGGAUUUACAAACUCUGUGGGAGCCAGGAGGCCCGAGCCACAUCCUCUCUCUCUGCCCUCAGCCUCUGCCUCUGGCCAGGAUCUCCCUGAGCCUGCCGAAGCUGCCCAGGGGUCUCCCUUUUCACCCUCCUCGCCAGACCCUGUGUUUUCCACGGGGUCAUCUGCAGUGGCUUUGGGGGCUCAGCCCUGGCACGUCCCCAUGCACAGUGCGAGCCUACAGACUCCAAGAUGGCGCCCCUCCUGCACCCACUGGCACUGCUGACUUUUCUUCAUCCUGGAACAAGUGGAGAAGAGGCAGAGCUGGCUUCCUCUGGGGAUGAUCCCCAACCCCUUCCUGUCCCGGGCUUCACUCCCCAGUCCCUGCAAGGAACUAGGGAUGCUGAGCAGUCACACAGGGUGUUCCUUUGUGAUCUCUGUUUUUGGACCAGACAUUAACUUUGUGGCUGUUACAUUGGUUAAAAAAACAAGAGAAAGAACUCCAAACACAGCCCGGGAUGAUUUGAAAAAAAGGCGAUGUUUCCCCAGGGAAAAUAGUUUACCUCUCUUUUUUUUUUUUUUAUCUGCCAGAGAAUGACUGACUUGUUAGAGGCCAUGGGUCAGGCAGCUUGAGACCAUGCUCUCUGGAAACCCUGUUACGGUCUGCAGAAGCAUAGCGACUGCGGCCGAGUCACUGACCAGGUCCCGGGACCUCAGGAGGGCUCAGAGGGGACUCGGGGGUCCGUUUCGGGGGAGUAGGAAGCAGUCAAUAGGCUGCGGCCCUCUGUACGAUUUCCCAGCCAGCCCGGGGAUAUUUAGGCAGAAAUGGAGCUCAGGAGGCAGACGACUUUCCCAAUUGCCACUUCCUGGGCCCUGCACAGAGCAGCGUGUCCCCAAGGAGGACGGGAGCAAUUUCCCAGGGCCCCACGUUUUAACCAGUUGCACCCACUCCUCCCUUAUGGACAAAAGCCUUUCUGGUCGGAUCAGAAGUCAUUCUGACUUCAUUUCCCAUUGUUAGUUUAAUUUUUAAGAUGCAAGUGGAGUUUAGAGAGGAUGAGCAAGACCACACAAGCGCCCCCAGGAGAGGUGGAUUACAGCUACUCUGGGCACGUGCCUGGGUUGUGUGGAUCAUGCCUCCUUCUGGUUCCCUAGUUUACAGGUGCAAGGAGGACACUGGCUGAAACACUGAUCUUAUUGCCGAGUGAAUGCAGAGGACAGGAGAGAAGUAGCUGCUGGGUGUGGGGCGUGAGCAAAGACCCCUUUCACAGCCAAGUUCACGGGGAACUCAGGACACACACUCCCCCUCCCAGCAUCCAAGGGAGGUAUACCAGAAACAGCUGUUGGCAAAGGCCGCACUCUGUGGGAGGGGUCACAAAUGUCUGUGGGGUCCAGGACACUAACAUAUUGGUAUAAGACAAUAGGGAGUUGUGGGGACUGUAGUCUGCUGGCGUGCACAUGACACAUCCCAAAAGAGUCUGUCACUGCAGGUAAGAAUGCAGGCACAGUGUAGCGGAAUCUUCCAGAAACCCACAUUUUUAUAGGAAAUUUGAUUGUUUAAGUGUCGGCAAUGAUUUUCUUUUUGAGUAUGGGCAAAGAGCCUGUGCGCGGCCAGCAACCUGUGCUCUCUGCAGAGGCGGUUUACAAUGAGAUUAGGCGUUGCCCUCACUGGUGGAGGAGAAAAGAAUGGGCAAAGAGAAUAGCUCAUGUUGAACUCUGAAGGGUCAUUCCCGACCCAAACUUCCGGUGAGAACAGGCUUGUUCAGCUUUCCUGGUCCCAAGACAGUUGUGCUAAAGGGAACAUGGAACAGAAUUUGGAGACCCUGACUGCUGCCCCAUAGACAUAAGGGGGUCCAAGUGCCUGGGUCCAUGCCUUCCAGAAUUCCGUCCUGUCCAGACAGAGAUGUCAAGGGGAGGAUCCAGGGAGAGGGGAUGGCGUGUCAAACAGCCUGACUCUCCAGAUCCCAAGUUUUAGCAGCCACCUUGCCACAUCUCUGGAAGCCUCUUUGGAAGCAUCCUGGAGCUGUGCGCGGUCAUGGGGUGUCUUCUUUGCUUCUGCCUCUGUCACCUUCCUUUGCCCAUGGGUCUGGCACAGGCGCUACCUCAUUGUGUCUGCUGAGAAGUUUACCUGGGUGGGAAAUACAGGGGUCCAAAAUGUGCUUGAGCUGAAUGUACGAUCUAUGCAAAUUCUCCCUCUCUUUCUCUCUCUGUCUCUGUCUCUCUCAGAAGUAUUUUUUUUACCUUGCAGACAAAGAUACUGUAUUGGCCCCUCUUAAGACUGAGGCUGGCUUUCAGGCGCCACCUGUGUCUACCCCUCACAUUGUCUUUGGUUUUGUCCUCACCAAGCCCCACGUGGGGAGAACGUGACCCUCCCUUGCCCCUGCACCGGGCUGCGAGUACUCCAGCUGCCACGGCCCACAGACCCCACCAGAAAGCAGGUUCUGCCUCUUGCCACCCCCAUUCCUAACUCCAUCUUCUCCAUUCCUCGUGUUCCUCUGACUUCCUUAUCCUCCUCCCCCUCCCCCAUAAAAGCCUUAGGUUCCUCCUUUAUGAAAUGUGGCCUUAAAAUUAUUUUUGGAAAGCUGACCACCCUCUGCCUCCCAUUUCCGCCAACAUCCGAGAAGAAAGAGCAUCUUGAAGCUUUGGUGGCCACCUCGUAAGCGAGGUGCUGCCCAUCUGUCGUUUGCGGAUGCGAUAGAAAUUGCUUAGAAGCGUCGUCUUCAAGAAAAAUAUUCUUAGAUUUUACCUCUGGGUAAAAUGAUGGCUUGGGUGCUCAUCUAAACCUCAGCCAGGUCCUGAAACACUCCGAGAGCACUUUGCAACUCUAAUGGGCUGGCUUAAUUACUGGCAGAGUGCUCACAUCGGCUUUCCAACCCGCCCCGUCCCCCAAAGACUUGGUGACUUUCUGUACUUCAUUCAGGGGUAAAUAGGAGACUUUCUCAAUUUAUCGCUUCAUUCUUCCCGCCUGGAAAGUGAUAGCAUUAACUAUUCCCAGCGGAUGGGCAGUGUUUUCAAAGGGAUCUCGUGUUCCCGAUUUUCAGAGCCCGCCUUUUCCCUCCCAUCGCUCCAGGGCUGAUGGAGGCCAAAGACAACCCCAAGGUUUUCAUAGGAAAUUCACUGGAAUCGAGCGCAAUCGUCCUUGUAGUCCUUCCAUCUUUUUUUUUUUUAAUAUUAUGUCGUCAAUAGCAUUUGUUUGGGUAUUUUUUGUUAGAGGCCUCACAAUAAGUUAUUACCGUCCCCCUCAUUUUUUUUCAAAGACAUGUUGUGAUAUAGUUUUUAAAAAUGACUAUUUUGUUAUAGAUCAUAAUAUGCAUAAAGCUGUACAGAAAUAUUUUGUAAUGUAUUGAUUUUAAAAAAGAGAGAAUCUGUAAAUAAAGUUUUAAAAAAAAGAGAGAAUUCAAACGGCACACACUGAAAGAUGUAGAUAUUUUGCUAUUUAUUUAAAGGAGUAUUUUAAGAGAUAUUGAACUAUCUGAAAUUGACCAGUAAUAAAAAUUCCAAUCAUCCGAAUGCUUUUCCUCGCGGUAGAAAAUGUGAGUCUCAGACAAUUGCACUACCCGCCCAUUUUUGCACCUGUUCUGUCUUUUCAUUUAGCAGAAAAACAACAACGAAAUUGUGCCUUAGCUGUAUUUUUUUGUCUAGGGGAGUUUGUUUCUGUCUGACAAAGCAAAAUUUUUUGCAGAAAACAGUGGAUGUAUUAAAUACUGUAUCAUACCAAAAACACGGCAGGUGUAUAUAAAUGCUUUCUGUCAUACUGUGUUUUCAGAUGCAGAAUUUUAAAAUAAAAAAAAAAAAUACUGUCUUUAUGGAA